AUGGCAUUCUGGGUGCAAGUGAGAGGGAUACCCUUUAAUCUAUGCCAUGAGGACAACAUGUUCAAGAUAAAGGAUAAGAUUAGAGAUAUGAUCGAGUACGAAAACCCAAACCAUGCUAGAGGUGAACAGAGAAGAGCAGCUACAUUCAAUAGAAGGGCCAAACAGAAAGAGGAUGGAGCACGUGCAGGCAAGUGGAAUCGAAAUGAUGUGGGUAUUGCUUCCCAACAACUGACAAGUCAGAUUGGGGUCAGACGAGAUGAUAGAGCAGAUAGGGAUCUGAGCAUCCAACGGUAUACCAAUCUGCCAACCCCCUUCAUCGACCCAAUCAAAUUUGACACCAAGAACAAGAAGUUGUCCAGAUCUUUGGUCUCGAGGAGGAUUCGAGGCAAGAGCAGAGCUUAUCCUUCAGGAAUUAAACGUGGUCUCCUCCAUCACUAG